AUGGUUGAUACAUAAUAUAAAUGUCGCAAACACCAUUCUCAGUUUAAAAAUAAAAUAUGUCUCGACAAGGAAUGCUACACAGGUAGAAAAUUUGAGGUUGAGCUAUGUGAAAAGUGUUGCAAGAAUGGUCAUUUAUAGCAUUAAACUGUCUCGCUAGAACUCUUUUUGGAAUACUUAAAAAAGGGAUUAUCUGAUUUGAGGAUACAAGAAUUGGAAAAUGAGGAAGGAUUGCCUAGAGACAUUUAAGAGGUUGCAGCUUUUUUGCAGAAUGAACUUGCUAAUAGUAGCGUGCCUAAAAAAACAAGAUAAUAUCUUUUUGACAGAGUAAGAGAGUUCCAUAAAAAAAGACACUUAAUCUUUAAUAAACUCUCCAAAAAGCUUAAAAUAUCAAAACAAAGCUCUUAGCGUAUUUUUAAGACUCGUUUGCUUUUCCAUUACGCAAGAGAUUUGUACUUGGGCUUGAAAAAUAGCAAUCAGAUUUAAAAUUUUUCUUAUAUUAUUUUGCCUGUUUUCAAAAAAGAAAUUUCACUGUCUUUAAAUUUUACUAAGGAAAACUACUUUAAUCCUUCAAGAUAUCAAUCUUUAUAAUUUCCAUCAGAAAUAGGUUCUUCUCAUUCAUGUUGCAUGUAAACAAAUUGCGUUGUGUCUUCUUCAACUAAAUUGUAGCUGCUUAGCAAUAAUAAUUAAAUGGCUAUUGAGUCAGAGGGUAAUCAAAUAAGUAGUAUGCAAAAUAUAUAGGCAGAAGGUUAGAGGUACAAGCUUAACUUAAAUCUAUUUUAAGGAUAGCAAACAAACAACUUUAUAUUUGAAGGGAAAUGCUUGCAACCUUCGUAUUACAUGCAAAAGAUGUUUCUAGUUGGAAAAGGAUUUGUUGCUUACUAAUGCUCACGCCAUUUAUAUUAUUAUAACUUGCAAAACAAUUAACUGUAGAUUAUACAUUCCCUUCCUAAAUUGCAUAACAUGCAAAUGAUGGUUGAAGAAUUAAAUUCUAAAGAAAUGUGUAUUUUUGAAGGAAAUGAGCUUAGAAUAGUCUGCAAGCUAACAGGAGCUACUCUUUGCUCUCAAAAAACGGAACAAGUUAAUUAAAUUAGAGCACUUAACUCUUCAAAGGUAGCCUAUUUUAGUUAAUAUGUAAUUCAUAUUUGGGAUAGAGAUUCCCGCAAGGUUACAAAUACAAUUAAAUUGAAUUUACUUGCAAUUCAAGAUAUAAUCGAAAUAAGCAAAAACAGAGUAUGUAUUGGAGCAAAUGAUAACUUUCUAUUUAUCUAUGAUUUGGCGAAAAAGAAAUUUAUUAAAAAGUUAGAUUUGGAACCCUAUCAAAAAGAUAGAAACUUAAACUGCGAUAAUUUGAUAUUUACUAAAAUCAAUAACAACUAAAUGUUGACUAGCUUUCGUGGAUCUCGAUGUAUUUCCUUCUGGAAUUUAAAUACUUACAAAUGCAUUCGAACCGUAAUGCUUUAAAAUGAUUCUCUAUUUUCUGUAGCCAAAUUGAACUGCCAUGCUUUAGCUUUAGGAUGUUUAAAUAAAUUCCAUAUUUUUGACACUGUUACUGGUGAAAUAGUUAGAACAAUACAUACUAAAUAGUAAAACCAAGAUGGGGAUGAGCGCCCAGAAUUAAUAGGUUGUAUUUAUUCAUACGAUGAUAAAACAAUACUAACUCUUUCUUAGAAUUGCAUCAAAGUAUUUAAUUGA